CUUUACCUUUCACUCUUUCGUCCAUUGUGAGCACAUAUCUCAUACGUUGGUCCAUACGCACCUUCCUCUUCUACUCAGCAUUCUUGAAAGUUCGGCAUAACCUCGUUCGACCUGUUUCGACUGCUAUGCAUCUCUCUCAUUUAAUCAUCCUCCAGGUCUUGUUCAUGUCUCUAUCGAGUAAAGGACGCGAGCACAACGUAUCCUUGGAGGCCUAUUACAUAGCCAUCCUCUGACCCUCAAGCACUUGAUGCCUGCUUUGACCAAUUUCUAUACCGAGAUUGAACAGACCGGUCCCAGUUCACAGUUUUACGACAAAUUUAACGCACAGUAGGCAACCACUCUAAAAAUCUGAAAAGGCAGAACAUUGUUUUUGCACGGAAGAACAUCUGGAAUCAGGAAGCACUCAACUUCGAGCCCAAGAGUGUCGUCCGAUUCAAACGCCUGAUGAUCAAUGAUGUGACAUAUCUCAUGGACGAGUCGAUCAGUGAACUCACUCGAAUCCACGACACUCAAGUUGAGAUGGACAAUAAAGAAGUAUGGUUAUCGAAAACUCAAGAAUAUCGGCGGGAGCGAGAGGGAACCUUAAGACAGCUGGAGAGACACGCGUCCAGUUACACGACGUUAGGCAGGUCGACCGUCGAACUUCUCAAAUUAUUCACUGCGGAGACGAAAGCACCAUUCAUGAUGCCCGAGAUUGUCGAUAAACUGGCAGCAAUGUUGGAUUACAACUUGGUCGCAUUCGUAGGGCCGAAGUAUCAGAACCUGAAAGUCAGGGAACCGGAGAAGUUGCGGUUCGACCCAAGAGGUUUCUUGAGCGACCUGAUUCAUAUUUAUCUGAAUUUGAGCGACCAGCCGGAAUUCGCCAGGGCAGUUGCAGGAGAUGGAAAGAGUUAUAGUAGAGAAAUUUUCGAGAAUGCGGAGAAAAUUGCGUUGAGAGCGGGAUUGAAGACGGCCACAGAACUGGAGAAAUUGAGGGUGUUUGUGCAGUUGGUUGAGGAGGCUAAAGAAUUAUUAGAGGCUACGGACCUUCUCCAUCGUUAA